CCGUUCUUUCCCUUGUAACCUCCCUCCCAGUGGAGACGCCGAAAAAAAAGGUUGGCUGCCCCUUCCAUACCUCAGAGAAUCAUCCUCGUCGUCGUAUUUCAUUAUUGCAGCUUGUUUUCGCAGUUAGAAAAUCUCAUCCCCUUGCAGCUACAUCCAAGCCUACUUUCCUUCUAGAACCUUUCUCUCUUCUCUGUCCUUUGUGCAACCACAGCCUAGCCUCUGAACUCUCCACUCUCAUACACCAUGGCCGCUACCAAGAUCGAUGGCGCUAUCCAGAACAUCGCUGCCAGCGAGCCCAAGAAGCUCUCUGGCCUGGAUCUCUACAGCAGAUUCGCCUUUGCUGGCGCCGUCUGCUGUUCCGUCACCCACGGUGGUUUGACCCCUGUUGAUGUCGUCAAAACCAGAAUCCAGCUCGACCCCGUCACAUACAACACUGGCCUGAUCGGAGGCUUCCGAAAAGUCAUUGCCAACGAGGGUGCAGGUGCUCUCUUGACUGGUGUUGGUCCUACCUUUGCCGGUUAUUUCCUCCAAGGCGCCUUCAAGUUUGGAGGUUACGAAUUCUUCAAGCAACAAUCCAUCAACCUCCUUGGCUAUGAGACCGCCUCUAACAACCGAACCGCCGUCUACCUCGCCUCCUCCGCCGCCGCCGAGUUCUUUGCUGACAUUGCCCUCUGCCCUCUUGAAGCGACCCGUAUUCGUCUUGUCUCCGAACCAACCUUUGCAUCCGGCCUUGUCUCCGGUUUCAGCAAGAUCGCCAGCCAAGAAGGUCUCGGUGCUUUCUACAGCGGCUUCGGCCCCAUCCUCUUCAAGCAGGUCCCUUACACCAUGGCCAAGUUCGUCGUGUAUGAAAAGGUUGCCGAGCAGAUCUACCGCUCCGUCGACAAGAACACUGCUUCUGAUGGAACCAAGACCGUCAUCAAUUUGGGAUCUGGCUUGAUCGCCGGUUUCGCCGCUGCCUUGGUCUCCCAACCCGCUGACACCAUGCUUUCUAAAAUCAACAAGACCAAAGGCCUGCCCGGUGAGGGCACCACUUCUCGACUGGUUAAGAUCGCCAAGGAACUUGGUUUCCGCGGUAGCUAUGCUGGUAUUGGUGCUCGUUUGUUCAUGGUCGGAACUUUGACCGCCGGUCAAUUCGCCAUCUAUGGUGAUAUCAAGCGUGUCAUUGGCGCCGUGGGUGGUGUUGAGAUUGCCAACUAAGUCUCUGUCAACAAGUCCUGUGAGCUCUUUCACCUUCGUCAGUGCUCGCGCGAUGCGGUUCCCGUCUAGUUUUAGGCGAUGGUUUCUACUGCCAAUCGGGGCCUCCUGCGCAAUGGUUCAUUUCAAAAAAGAAGCCCGACAGCUUCCCACGGAUACAUUUUAGACUCCACCAGCAUUCAAGAGCGAAUAGAAACUGCGUCAUGGCCCUUCAAAGAAUACAUAAUGCGGACUGGUGCAUUCAGCGUGGCCGUCUUUGGCAAGUUCCGCAUCAAGAGCAUCGAAUUGGAGAGGAGGCAAUUGAAGCAUGAGCCGACUUGAUUUAGAGAGAUCGAAAAGUGCAUGUUUGAUUGCUAGGAUAGAUAGACGGAGUUAUGUACCACCAAGCAGUAAUGAAUGGGUGAUUUCUGAUCCGUAAUGGCAAAUGGCCUCUGCUUGCUUUUAGCCCUUUAUGAAUCUAACUCUACGCAUGCUUUCGCUCGCCUCAUUUGCCGAGAUCAAGGCUGCAUUCAUCGAGAGUCAAAGUAUAU